AACAUGAAAUUAAGACGCUGGGCUUUUUACAAGUAAACAUAAAGGGCCCAUUAUAAGCCCAUUACAAAACGCUGCGUUUCAUGGAGCCGCUUUUCUGAUAUUUCUCUGUGCCUCAGGUGUGAGAGAGAGAAGAAAAGGCAAGUUUUGUACGGAAGAAGAAAGCUUUGAGAAGCCAUGGAUACGGAAGCCGAGUUCGAUAGGUUACUAUUGUUCGAACAAAUUCGUAAAGACGCAGAAGAGACCUACAAGUUAAACCCUUUAGAUGCCGAUAACUUGACUAGAUGGGGAGGAUCUUUACUUGAGUUAGCUCAGUUUCAUAGCAUCUCAGAUUCAAAACAAAUGAUUCAAGAUGCCAUCACAAAGUUCGAAGAAGCAUUGUUGAUUGACCCGAAGAAAGAUGAAGCGGUUUGGUGUAUCGGGAAUGCAUACACUUCAUUUGCGUUUUUGACUCCAGAUGAGACUGAAGCUAAACAUAAUUUUGACUUGGCUACUAAGUUCUUUCAACAAGCUGUGAAUGAGCAACCAGAUAAUCAACACUACCUGAAAUCACUCGAAAUGACGGCCAAGGCUCCACAACUGCACACAGAGGUUCACAAACAUGGCUUAGGCUCACAACCAAUGGGUGGCGUUGAACCUUCAGCACCGCCGAGCUCAAAGGCAGUGAAGAAUAAGAAAAGUAGCGACGCUAAGUAUGAUGCUAUGGGUUGGGUGAUUCUAGCCAUUGGUGUUGUUACAUGGAUCAGUUUCGCCAAAGCUAAUGUGCCUGUGUCUCCUCCUCGUUAAGUAGUAGAGACUCAGUAUGAGACUUUGAUAAAGUUUUUCAAUUUUU